AUGUCGUGGCUACAGAAAUUACGCACUUUUUCCAAUGGGCUCCGCUCCGAGAGCCCAGUACCCUCGAUCGACCGAUCCAAUCCCCAAAAGAACAGGCGGAGGCUCAAGAUUUUGACAUCUGCCGAUUCUGGGAAGCUGAGAGUUGCUGUGGUGGAUGAGGAGUUUCUACGAAGCAUGACUUCUGCGUGCUUUGAUACGAAACUUUGUCCACAAUGCGAAGCUCUCAAAUUGGACGAGCGCAUUGCAGAAGCCUUGCGAUCGCCGAAAGAUCUUUCCAUAUGGUCACAGUUCAGCACCCUCUUACCCACCAUGGAUGAAUCGUGUGCUUUCUGCCAGUUCUACAGACAGAUAUCCAGUGGCUCAAGCGCAGCACCCAAUGUCAGAUGUUUUGAGGUCCAGUCUGUCAGAGAACAUCAUUUGUUGGUAAUGAAGAGUUGGGAUUUGUUCAUCACGAAGCACGCCAAAACAUCUGGGUUCAGCGAUGUGCAAGUGUUGCGAGGAGAAAACAGUCUUGGGCUGAGAUGUCCUGAAGCCUGGCCAAUCAGCUCUGUUGGAGUCGAUUAUGAGGAGUUGCGCAGGAAGCUGGCUUUCUGUGAUGGUCGGGGAGCGAAGUAUAUCCUGAAGGAUACACCACCUCCAGCACAUCCCAUCUUCGUCAUCAAUUGCCACACUCGGAAAGUGGAGCCUCUGGUACCUGGGACAAAGUACGUGUGUCUCAGUUAUGUGUGGGGCCCGCCGAAAGGCGAGAAUCCCGACUUUGGAGAUCUCCCGGACCCCACGGAAAGGACUGUCGAAGACGCAAUUACAGUCACAUCAAAACUACAUUACCAAUACCUUUGGGUGGACAAGUAUUGCAUUGACCAGAAGGACGAGAACAUGAAAAUGGCCCAGAUCAACCAGAUGGACUGCAUAUAUGCACAGGCGGACCUGACAAUUAUUGCAGCGGCUGGCGACCAUGCCGAUUACGGUCUUCCCGGCGUCAGCACACAGCCCCGCUCACCUCGUCGGAGCUUCAAAAUCGGCGAUUACGUCCUGAUGUCCUGCUGGGAGGAGUCGAGCUUGGCACACGGCCUGCGGCAAUCGAAAUGGAUGGAGCGUGGUUGGACGUAUCAGGAGGCGCUCCUUUCUCAGAGACGACUCUUUUUCACCGAUUACUGCUACCUCCAUGAUUGCGGCAAAUGCUACAUCGAGGGCGACGAGUCGAAGAGAUUCGAAUCUUGGGUCAACUCGCCGACGCUCGUCAAUCACGGACGAAUGAAGUCCCAGAGCAAGUGGAUGGGAUACAACAUAUCCACCACGCUGCCAGAUGCUUGUGCACGGAUUGAAGAGUACUCCAAAAGAAACUUAUCGUACCAGUCGGACAGUCUCAACGCUAUAACCGGAGUCCUUCAGACACUCGAGCUUUCCGAUCCGCCGAUCCACCAUUACUAUGGAGUCCCAAUGCUUCAGCCAUCCGAGCGCGAGGCCGAGCCAUCCACUAGCAACAUGGACGGAUUCGUGCAAUCAUUGCGAUGGAGUCUCAACGCAUCCGCGGACAAGAAGAGAAGGCCUGAUUUCCCGAGCUGGUCAUGGGUCGGUUGGCAGAGUCCUUGCUCCUACCUACAACAAAACCUGUCAGUGCUUGCACCGAGCACCGUCAAGGUCGAGAUCGAACAAAGCUCCGGUGCCCGGAUCGACUGGUCAGGGUUCGCAGAGAAGGGAUACUUGAAGCAGGACCAACCGAGCCAGUCACACUGCAUAUGGAUUGAGGCUUGGACCUUUCCGGUGGAGACGCUGGACACGCCGCCGUCUUUCCAUGAGAACGUGCAACGUGCAUGGCUCGUCCGCAACCAUGAUUUUGAGACUUCCCGGUUCAAGGGUCUUAUUGAAAUUUUUUACAGGAACUCGACGGAGGAUAUGAAGAGGUUGAAGGCAAAGUGUGAAGCUAGAAAGGUUGUCGCCGUCGUGCUUGGAGACAUCAGCAAAGAGCUGCCAAUGCGUUCCAUCAUUAUCGUCGAGGAGCUCGACGGUGUUUACCAGCGUGUUGGGAAUUUUGACGACAAUGAUUUCUCUUUGCUUUUCGAUAUUGGGCCAAGUUUCUGGGAGAGGGACAUUGUCAAGUUGAGCAGGCGAUGGAUCAGACUUUCGUAG